UAAGAGCGUCCUGGUUGUCCUUGAUGGCCAAACGAUGAAGGAGAUUGCAAGAGCGGAUAUGCCGCAGGUGUACGGUAUCGGGUUCCACGGUACUUUCAUCGAAGCCGGUAGGUAGCUGGCUGCGUCUCCUCACGAGCGGUCAAGGGAAAGCCGGGAUGGCAAAGAUGCUGUGUAUCAUUCCACUAUUGUUUUUACUUGCCAGGCUCUCGGAGUGCCGGACAGGGUCGGAUCAAGGACGAUCGACAAUCCCUUCCGAACUAUUGGCCAAUAAUGCACCUGACUCUCCAAGGAUGCCGGAGAAGAUAGUUUUUAUAGGAAUUUCUUAUUAUAUACUUGUUAGGGGCAAGGCCCGGAACGAGCUAGUUGCGUACUCGAUACACGAUGGAACAGCUAUAGAGCUAAGAUACAGGGGCUGUUGGAGUUCUGACAUGGCUACAGAGGGUACCUUGUAUUAGAAAAUUGAGGUCGUGGCCUCAUGUUUGCAAAUAAUGAUAUGCUAUUAGAUGCUGCGUAGACUGGAAGUUGAAAACCAAUGACA